UUCUUGCUAGUUGCUGUUGCUUUGUAAUUUGUAUUCUGCGCGAUGCUAUUGCCACCUUUUAUAUUAGUGGAAUUCUGACUUCUGUUAGUGUAAGAAAUGCAUUCACUGCGCUCUGUUGUGUGUUAAGUCAAUAAUAAAAUGCUGCAGUGAUCACUCAGCAUAGUAAACAAAUAUAGUCCCUACGGAAAACUAAAAUUUGAAGUGUAGAGAUAAAUUUUGUUCGGCGAAAAUGGAUAAUACAGGAUCGAUUAAUAACGACGAUUGCAUUGAGACCGUAGAAAAUGAGGAGGACGUUGAUUAUUCAGAAGAUAGAGAAUUGGUAAAUGAUUCCUGCUCUACCAAAGUUUUGGAUAAUACAGAUGAUCCUUUGGAUAAAUAUCGCAUCGUGUACUUUUUGUUCUACUUAUUUGGAAUAACAUCUCUUGUUCCCUGGAACUUCUUGAUAACAGCUAAUGAUUACUGGAUGUACAAAUUUCGCGAUGUGGAGCCGCACAAUCUCACCGUGUACGUGCGCAAGACGCAGUUCCAGGCGCAGUUCACAUCGUACCUCAACGUGGCCACUGCGAUACCUAACUUGGUGUUCCUCAUUCUCAAUUCGCUGUAUGGACACUUGGUUUCCGUAAGGAGUCGUUUGAUCGGUUCCCUAACGGUCAUCACCCUCUGCUUCAUCGUGACCACAUCACUGGUGAUGGUGGACACUGAUGAAUGGCAGAAUACUUUCUUUAUUGUUACCAUGGUCACCGUUGUUAUAAUGACUGCUUCCAGUGCGAUAUUCAUUUCCGGCCUAAUGGGUACAGCGAGCAAAUUCUCCAGAGAAUACAUGGCGGCAGUGAUCAGUGGACAGUCCCUAGGCGGAAUAAUCGCCGCCGUAGCGCAAAUAAUAUCCCUCGCCUUCAAAAUAUCGCCUCAGCACAGCGCUCUCAUAUACUUCUGUAUAGCUGAUUUUAUGGUCGUCACGUCGUUGGUUUCAUACAUAUUUUUGUAUAAGAUCGACUAUUUUACGCAUCACGUUUUGCGUGGAAAUGGCAUGGUGGCCAAUAGGCAUAGGGAGGCGUAUCUCACGAUAGUACUGAAGAAGGUGUGGGUGUACGCGUUUAGCAUAUUCGCUGUAUACGGGAUAACUAUGUGUGUGUAUCCAGCUGUCACUGUGUUAGUGGAGUCCCAUCCGACGACCGCGGGGACCGAUUGGAAUAAUAUAUUCUUCGUGCCGGUGGUCAACUAUCUGAUAUUUAAUUGCGGCGAUUACGCCGGCCGGCUCGUGGCGGGUUUCUUGCUGCGGCCAACAAAUCAAUGGGUGAUCGCGGCAGCCAGCGUCCUCCGUAUCAUCGGAGUGCCAAUGCUGAUGCUCUGCAACGCGCAGCCUCGCAAACACCUGCCCGUGCUCUUCCUGUGGGACUACGAGUACAUCCUCAUUAUGAUUGUGUUCGCAUUCACCAAUGGCUACUUGACUAACAUCACCAUGGUCAAUUCUACUAGGGUGGUGGACAUGCACGAGAGGGAGAAAGCAUCAUCGAUAAUCGUCACAAUGCUUAGCGUCGGUCUGACAGCUGGCGCGUCUGUUGGCAUGCUGCUUGUUCGGCUCUUGUAAACAAAGAAAAUAUACUAGCACGUGUUUUUUAAUAGAAAACUUAUUAACAUAAAGACAGACAAAGGCGUAGCUCAGAUUUCAAAAUUUUUGAUCCCACGUGUACCAUUGAUAGAGCGAGAGAGAAAUAGGAGAGCCGCCAUGUUGAAUACCUUUCUUUGUCUGAUUGAGUUGUUAUAUAGCUGUCUCUUUCUUUUGUUUUGCAUACUAUGAGAUGGCGUUAUAAUUUGAAGGAGAUUGGUCUAAAGUACCAUGACAUGUUGAUUUAUAUUUGUAUUGUUAUAAUGAUAUUUUUUCUAAAUACAUACAUAUAAAUGAGACAUAUAGGGUGAAUUUUUAACAUAUAAUUUUUUAGGGUAGCUUGUAAAUCGUAGUUCUAUUUUAUUUUUGACAUUUUUUUUAUGAUAUGACGCAAUUAAUGUUUAAAUGUGAAUGUAUAAAACAAAUAUAACUACGAUACGUUUAUUACGUUGGUAUGUGUAGAAAAUAUUGUAUUUUGAUCUCAUAUUAAUAUUUAUAUGGGUUAUUGAAAAUUUACCCUAUAUUCAGAUAAAUGAUGUCCAUUUUUCAUUUUAUAUUUUAUAAAAAAAGGCUUAGCAGCUUGUCAGUGACACACUAUCUAAACCUAAGUUUAUGUAUUAACAUAUUUAUUAGUGAAUUAUACCACUAUAUAAAUACAUUUAAGUACAAAUAUUCUA